GUGCUGAUUUGGUCGAGUGCUGGAAGAUUCUCGAGCUAGGGUUUGCUUUCUAGUUUAGCUUGUUAUGGAUUUUUCUUUGAUUUGCUAUUGAUUUCAAUCUCCCGCAAUGUUUUCUUGGUUUUAUAGUUGUACCGUGAUCGAGCUCAUUUCUUUCAAGUUUUAAUUUUUUAGAUUGUUGGAUUUGAGUUUUUGGGAAGCGAAGGGGUUUUCUAGUUUGAAAAGAUCAGUGCUUUCAGUGCGAAUUCACCUUUUUCAUGGAUGUGAACAAAGUUCACCAGUGUGUGUUUUUAGUUGUUUUUUGGUGUUUCUCUCUUUGUAAUUACUUUUAUUUAGUUUUUCGUUACUCUUAACCCAGAGGUCUACAAUGUGGAUUUAUUUAUUCAAGAAAUUCAGUUGGAAGUUUUGUUCUUUUCUUGUUGAUUAUGAUCUUUUUAAACUUUAACUCUAGAAAGUUUGUCUGAUUGCUACUUAUGACUCAAUAUUGUUUUCUUCUUCUUCUUUUUCUUUCUUUCUUUCUUUCUUUCUUUCUUCCUUUUUCACUAAUGAUGGCAAAGAAAGUGCUUGGUGCAGGGGAAAUGAUGCUUGAUUUUAGAGAGAAAAUGCAGAAUGAGGCAGUUCGUUUUGUGACAUACAACGUGAACUUUGCUUCUAGUAAAUUCUCAAAUUACAAGAUAAGAGCGAAUAAUAUACUUGUCGAGCCCAACAAAGCGCCUGAAGCACCAUCCUUGAAAGAGAUUGUUGCAAAAGAGACUGCUGAGCUACUAGAGCGGCGUCAGCGUCUCUCUGUUCGUGACCUGGCCAAGAAAUUUGAGAAGGGUCUUAACACUGCCACGAAGUUGUCUAAUGAGGCCAAGUGGAGAGAAGUGACUAAUGGAGGUGUCCUUCUGAAGAAAUUGAUGGUUGUACUUGAAUCACUAAAGGGUCGCAUGGUGGGCCAAAAUAAAGAUGAAGUUGAGGAGGCAAUUUCUAUGGUGGAGAUUUUAGUGGAUCAGCUGGCUGAAAGUGAAGGAGAGUUGCUUCAGGAGAAAUCAGAAGUGAAAAAAUUAGCAAUCUUGCUUAAAAAGGCUUCUGAAGAUGCCAAAAAGUUGGUUGAAGAGGAAAGGGCUUGUGCUCAUGCAAAAAUUGAAAGUGCUAGAGCUGCAGUGCAGAGAGUUUUACAAGCAUUUCAUGAACAUGAAAAAUUAUCCAGAAGCAAAGAGAAGCAGAAGGAUUUCCAAGAAUUGAUGAGUGAAGUUCAAGAGGCACGAAGAAUCAAAAUGCUACAUCAGCCCAGCAGGGUAAUGGACAUGGAACAUGAACUUCAAGCAUUGCGUAUUCAGUAUGCAGAGAAGUCUAUGUCUUCUGUUCAGCUUGGGAAAGAGCUGGAAAGGAGCAGAACGCUUAAGGAAAACAAGAACCAAUUGUAUGAGCUAGAAGGUCUUGAAAGUUUAGGUUCAUCUUUACAUAUUAUUCCUCGAGAAGAUACUGCUCCAGAUAUCUCAACUUGUUCAAUUCAGUGGUAUCGUAUACAGCCUGAAGGAAACAAGAAGGAAUUAAUUCCAGGAGCAACAAAAUCAGUAUAUGCUCCAGAGCCUUUUGAUGUUGGGCGUUUUGUGCUCGCAGAAAUUGUUAUGGGGGCUGAAAGCAUAACAGUUGCAACAACUGGUCCAAUAGAUCCUGCUGCUGGACUAGGAAGCUACGUAGAGGCACUUCUUCGAAAACAUGAAACCGAGUUCAAAGUAGUUGUUGUUCGGAUGAAUGGAGAAAAUCAUGUCUCAAACUCUAUUCAUGUGUUUCAUGUUGGUAGGCUGAGCAUCAAACUUAGUAGAGAAAAGACAAUAUUGGCUAGGGAAUUUUAUUCCACUUCAAUGCAGCUGUGCGGGGCUAGAGGUGGUGGAAAUGCUGCAGCUCAAGCAAUUUUUUGGCAAGCUAAGAAAGGCCUUUCCUUCACGUUAGCCUUUCAAUCAGAGAGAGAAAGGAAUGCAGCAAUGAUGCUUGCUCGAAGAUUUGCUUUUGAUUGUAAUAUAACCCUUGCUGGACCAGAUGAUCGGGCUUCUGCAGGAACUUGAUAAAAUUUUAUACCAGUUAAAUAAUCUGGUGGUUUGCGAAGAUAUAAAUGUGAUAUUACAUCUAGUGAUGGAAAAUAGAUUGUGUUUAGGAUCUUGUCCAUUUUUUUCCCAGCUUGAUUACCUUUUAUCCCUAUCACUGUGAGCAUCAAGGCAUCCUUUUUAUUUGCCUUAAGAUCGGGUUGUAAAUUGUAACCAAUUUGUUUUAGGUUUAAUUUAUCAUUCUUUGCCUACCAAAAGG